AUGGCAGCCCCCCCUGCAGCAAGCAUCCACACCCCCCAUUAUGCACCCCCUGCAGCCAAUACGUUCAAUAUAAUCCCUGGAUAUGAAGGAGCAGUGGCUGGUGGAGGUGGUGCGUGUAUUCCACCUCCUCCUCCAUCUGUACCGAUGCCUGUGCCUGAACAGGCCCCCAUCCAACCAGACUGGCAUAUACCCUCCAUCUCAGAGGACAGGGCACGUGAAGCUUUCGCAGAAUACGUCUCCAGCAAGUGCUGCUAUAGUUCUGACCCCGUCAAAGAUGGAGUCAUAACCAAUAUGGAGUCCUUUAAUACCUACAGGUAUCGUUUGGAGACGUUCGUGGAGUCCAGAUCUGCUGAAUGGAGUCAGGAGCCCUACACAGGUCAGCCUGUGGAUGCUGGUGUUCAGCCUGCUCCAGGUCCGUGGCAGAUUACAGCUCAACCUCCGGCCUUCUUUCAAGAGCAGAAGCAGACCAUUAAAGUGCCCUUUACUUCCUCAGUCAAGAACUGUGACUUGUGUCAGACAAAGGGGAAAACCCCCUGUACCACCUGUAAUAAAACUGGAAAAAUUAACUGUACGUUGUGUAAUGGUUCUGGUAACCGUGAAUCUGGUCAAUGUGUGGACUGCCGCGGGACUGGACGUAAAAAGUGUCUUAAAUGUAGUGGCAGUGGAUCUUGCAAGUGUGACACCUGCAAUGGAAAGGGAAAGCUGCUCAUCUUCAUAAACAUCAAUGUUAAAUGGAGCAUAGAGAAGGAUGAAUUCUUAGCACAAGAUUUAAGUGGUCUGAAAGUGGAAAAACUGCAGGAGGUUUCGGGGAAAGAGCUCUUCAAAGACGCCCAGUAUAUGGUCUAUCCAGUGAGGGGCUUUCCAGAUGGUUCUGUUGCACAAGCUUCUGAGCGUUUAGUAAAAGACCAUCAGGGGAAAUAUGCCCAAACAUCCCGUAUUUUACAACAGAGGCAGACGAUUGAGCUCAUUCCCAUAACCAAAGUGAACUACAAGUGGAAAGGAAAUCCUUAUGUUUACUAUGUGUUUGGAAAUGAGUUUAAAGUGAAAGCUGUUGACUAUCCUGCCACCUGCUGCUGUUCUGUUAUGUAACAUCAAAUACACCUGACCUGACCAGUAUAAGUACAAUAUAAAUACUGUACAUCCAUUAAGAUGAACAAAUGUAAUGUGUCUUUUGUCCUGUAUAUCACAG